GCGAACCUGCCGAACUCUUCUAUGUUGUCAUUCAUGGAUUGUUCUGCGUCUACGUAAACGAGACAUUCAUUAUCUCUGUUGGAACUGGCGGAUCGUUUGGUGAACUUGCAUUAAUGUACACGAAUCCGCGUACUGCCACAGUAAAAGCCAUGACGAAUGGGACACUCGUAGAAAUAUUCAAAUUGCUGGAGUCUGAGGAAAUAACCAAGCUCGCAGAUGCUAUGGAAGCAGUUGACUAUGAGGAUGGCGAGAUAGUCGUCUGUCAAGAAGAGGCUGGGGAUUGUUUUACGUUAUUGAAGUCGGGUCUGUGA